UUAUUUAUGAAAAUUAUCACGAUGAGAUCUUCAGAGAGGAAGAUUUAAAUUACUUAAAAGCAUUUUGUUUAAUUCGUAGAAAAAUAUAUAGUGAAAUAUGCGUAUACUGUUAUGCCAAUAGGGUGAAAAGAUAAAGAUUAACCCAAGUCAGUUUCAAUGUCGUCAGAAUCAGGAUCUUGACUACCAUCUUCUGGUUUAAAAAAGCUGGGUAUGAUACUAAUUAAUUAGAUUUCAAGCAUGAUUUAGUAAAUUUUACUGAAAUAUGAGCAUCUUGCAGUUUUUUAAGAAGAAAAAAAAUGAAGUAUCAGAAUUUUCAUGUACUUCUAGUAAUACUAACUCAUCAAAAAGUUCCUGCUAUUUUGUUGCACAUAAAUAUUCAUCCACAGUAGAACACGAUGAUGAUGAUGAUGGAUUAGGAGAAGCAAUGACAUUAAGUCUUAGUUCUCGACUAAAGUUAAAACGAAUAAGGAGUUCUGAAGCUAUUAAUGUAUCAAAAGAGAAGAAAAUAUAUAAUGAGAUAGAAAAAGAAACUAGCUUAGUAUCUGAAGAAAAUAAAAUUUUUGCAAAUAAUUUAUUAAAAAAAAACAUGUGCAAUUCUGAAAAUGUUACUGAAGAAAAUACUGCAAUGAGAAAACAUUCAGAAUUAGAAAACUCUCCUGUGAAUAAAAAUGAUAAUCAUGAAAUGGAUAACAUACCUUAUUAUUUGAAAAAUUUUAAAUAUAUUUUGGAUUGUGUGUUUCAAAAUGAAGAUUAUGCUAGACUUUUUAAUGAAGAAGAUCAAAUUAUCAUACAGAAAUUUAACAGUUUAUCAGAUCCAGAACAGAAAUUAUUUGUUCGACUAUUUCAAAGAAAGAAUAAAUGGUUUCGAUCUAGUAAAUUAGAUUAUUCAGAAAUUGCAACUAACAUUAAAGCAGUUUUACAUAAUUUGUACAUAAAUAAUUUUUUGUUAGAUGUUAAAAAUAUUGAUGAUGUAGAAUGUGCAUUGAACUUACUAACAAUUCCUGAAUUGAGAAAUCUUUGUAAAAUGUUCCAAAUAAAACUUUUUCAAAAAGGAAAAAAAGAAAUGAUAGCCACAUUGAUUAAACAAGGAAGACAAAAUAGAUCAAUUUUUUCAUUUGGAGAUAUUACUAAUGUACUUCUAAAAAGAGCUAAAAGUAUUGCUGGAGAUUGUUAUAAACUUUAUCCUGAAGCUAGAGAAGUUUUCAUUCGUGUGAUGAUAUUGUUCUCCUUAACAAGUUUAAUUGAAAAUGAAGAUGAACCUGGUGGUGGUUUACAGCAACAAUUAUAUACAUUACUCAUGGUUAAUACAGGUAAAAUUGUAUUUCCUGCUUAUAAAAUAAGUCAGAAAACAACUCUCUUCCAAACUAGAAAUGAUCUCAUCAUGUAUGUAAAUGCAAAACAUCUUGAAAGUGAAAUUCUUCAAAAAAUGGAAAAUAAGAAAUUUGAAGAUGCUUUUCAAUUAUUUAAUAAAGCAAAAGAAGAUUACAAUCACUAUAGUUCUCAAAUGAAGAAUGAAAGGUACAGUAAGUACUUAACUGAUAAAAUUCAUAUAUCAUGAGAAAUACAUAUAGAUAACUUUAAUCUUCUAAUGUACUAUACAUUAGAACAGGGCCGGAUUAACCCACUUUGGGGCCCUAGACAUUUUCUUCUUACUGGGCCCUCUCCCUCUCCCACAAGAAAUAAAGCACACACAAAAUUUAAAACCA